AUGGCCUUUUUGAUAACGGCUUGGACCACCCUGCUGUGGCUAGCCUCAGCAACUGGAUUUGACCCUACGAAACCGUUUUACAUUCCUAACCAAUCCAUAGACCUGCUGGUUGCCCUGGGUGAAUACAACAAGAGCUGGAGAGGAGUAGAGAGGAUUGACAGCUCGGCACCCCUUGAUGUGAUCAACACCUUCACAUCGCAUACAAGGUUGGCCUAUGUAUUAGAAGGGGAUGAUAGAGAUUUAAGGUUACCUCCAUCUGCAUUCAGGCAAGCUUCCGAUUUUUUACUUUCAUCUACAGAAUUUACCAUCGUCGCUAUGUUGAAACAAUUUCCUGGAAACCCAGGAACCAUCAUUUCUUUUUCUCAUGGAAUCAAUAGAUCAUUGGAACUACAGUCAAGCGGAAGACAUAACGAGCUUAGGUUAUAUUAUACCACCGGGUCCAAAGCCUACACAGAAACUUUUCCAUACUAUUUGGCUGACGACAACUGGCACAAAGUAGCUGUGACAAUAAGUGGCCUCCAGGUGGAAGUUUUCGUGGACUGCAGAUCUUUGUUCAAGAGGAUGCUGAUGCCCGUGGUGACGGACAAUAAUUUUCCUAAACCACCGCAUUUGUGGAUAGGCCAGGGGGUCAGCCGGAGUUUUUUUAAGGGAAUUCUGGACGAACUGAAAGUGAUCCGAGGCCCCCACGGCUACUUGGCUCUAUGUCCGCACGUGGAUUCCAUGUGUCCCACAUGCGGCCAAUUCGUGAUGUUGCAGAACACCGUUCAGGAAUUGACGCGACAUCUUCAGGAACUUUCCGAAAGGUUAGUAGAGGCUGAGAAUCGAGUAAGUAAAUUAGAAGAAUGCGACUGUCGAAUAUCUUGCCAUUUCAAUGACUCUGUAUAUGAGGAUGGUGCGAAAUGGCAAACCGGCUGUGAUUUAUGUUCGUGUGUGCAUGGAGAAGUGAAGUGUCGUCACGUGGAAUGUCCUAAACUAACCUGUAAACAUCCAGUUAAUAAUACUGGAGAGUGUUGUCCACAUUGUCUGAGUAAGCAUUAA